AUGUCCAUAGUUGAAGAAUUAUCAAAACUAAUCGACUCUUCCACGACCAGAAUUAGGCCUAUAAAUAGGUCGCGGUCCGAAAUUGAAGAAGAUCUAAUAUCAUUAGGGAUUGCAAGAGAUGAUGAUUUACAAGCUGUCGCUGCUUUAAUUUCAUCUUCAUCACCUAAGUUAAAUACUAUUACUGGUUCAAUUCUGGAUGGUAACAACAAUACAUUCCUUGAAGAAGUUGAUAGUGAUAUAUAUGCUGAAGGUGAUGGUCGUUUCCAAUACCUUGGACAAUCGUUCACUAAAGGUGCCCCAGUUCUUAUUAGUGAUUCUUCAUCAGGGCGCUAUACAGCGAAAUUUGUUUCUGCUACGGAUUCUGAGGUUGUAAUACAGCGUCCUGAUGGUUCAAAAACACGAUUACAAAUGAAUUUAUUGAAAGAAAGAAAAUAUCAAAUACAUUUAAAGGAAUCAUAG